AUGCUAUCUCACUACUGGCCGAAAGGCACGCUGCACGUUUCCGUUCUGAAUAGACCUAAUGACCCCCGGUCCAUCCCGCAAAAGGUCCGAGUGACUUACUCACCAUCUCGCCGCUCGUGGACGCAAAUGGAACAUGAAAAGGUGAGGUCAGAAGAGGAUCUAUGCCGGGUAGGAGUAGGACUACGAAGGAAGCGUGUCUUUCCGACCGUACUGGCAUUGAUCAACACUUCGGCCGUGAGAUACCGGGUGUCUGGCCUCUCAGAUGGACGAGUCAUUAUUACCCGAGGAGUACAGAAGGCGUUCUCUUUGUUCUCGCGUUGCAUUACCGUGCCAAGCUCUAUUUAG